AUGAGCGUAAACACGCGAUUAGGCGCCGAGGCAUCCAGAAAAGUCCCGUGGGUCUCGCUUAAGGGCUUAGGGCUUCCCACAACACAACGACCCCCAUCCAUUCCCGAAGAGUCUUUGAGUGAGCGAGCUUCGACAACCCACCCCCGACAAAUCACCCAACAAACCGUCAAAAUGGUCAAGAAGCGGGCAUCCAACGGUCGCAACAAGAACGGCCGCGGCCACGUCAAGCCCGUGCGCUGCUCCAACUGCGCCCGUUGCACUCCUAAGGACAAGGCUAUCAAGCGGUUCACCAUCCGCAACAUGGUUGAGUCUGCUGCCAUCCGUGAUAUCUCCGAUGCCUCCGUCUUCGCCGAGUACGCCGUCCCCAAGAUGUACCUGAAGCUUCAGUACUGCGUCUCCUGCGCCAUUCACGGCAAGAUUGUCCGUGUCCGCUCCCGCGAGGGCCGCCGCAACCGCGCUCCCCCUCCCCGUAUCCGCUACAACAAGGACGGCAAGAAGCUGACCCCCCCCUCAGGCUGGCAAGGCCAACUAAGGGAGUGGAACGGUCGUUACGGACAAAAUAAAAUGGAACUAGUCUGA